AUGCGAAAGUUAUCUGGCGCGAAAGAUAAUCUUUGCCUAAUGCGAAAGAUAAUCUUUGCCUCACUGACUCGUCUCCCGAAGCUCGUCGCUUUCGACCUUGACUACACGCUUUGGGAUCUGUGGAUAGAUACCCAUGUAACGGGUCCCCUUCAUCGAAAUAAAGAUACUCUCAAUGAGGUAUUAGACAAAUACAACGAAGCAGUCUCGUUCUACAACCAUGUUCCACAAAUUCUCCAUCGACUGCGGGCGGCCGAGGUGACGAUUGCAGCUGCAUCAAGAACGUCAGCACCGACAUCUGCACGUUCGGCACUCACGCUACUCCUUGUACCGCCAAUGGAGGGUAGCGAAGAUGAACCCAUGAAGGCUAUAGAUUUUUUCGAUCAAUUAGAGAUAUAUCCUGGAUCUAAGCUUACACAUUUCAAGAAAUUGCAUCAGAAGACCGGAAUGCCCUACUCGGAAAUGCUAUUCUUCGAUGAUGAACUCAGGAAUAAAGAAGUGGAAAAGUUAGGCGUCACUUUCUGUCUCGUAAAAAAAGGCUUGGACGAUCGGACAUUUGAGCGCGGUCUCGCAGAAUGGCGCAAAAGGCACCCAGAGGAAGUUUUCGAAGAUCCUGUAGGAUCAACAGCGAUGUGAUACUCUUAAUAUAUUUACAAACUCGUCUGAGUCUGGCAGAUGUUCGUCUUUGUGUAUUGAACCUAGUGUCAGUCCUCUAAUGAUUUAGCCAUGAUUCUUCAAUAAUCAGGUGAUGUUCUC